AUGGCCCUCACGACGCUUGUGCUUGCAGCAGCAUGUGGGGCAUCUGCGCUGCGGCUCGAUGCAGACCCGAUGGCUGAAGGCGCCUGGGCCAUUGACGCAGAUCGUGAGUGGCCAUGGAACCGGAGGUUGACAAUGGAUGAGGCGGCCAUGCACAGGUAUGCAGAGGGCGAAGAGCUGACCCCCUCCUCCAGCGCCUUGGAGGCGCCGGACAGUCCGCCAGCACUUCCAUCUGCCUGGUCCAAGAGGCUGACAUUCUUGGAAGCAUUAGGCAGUGGCGGGCACGGAACUGCGUACCUCUACACGGCCGCGUGCAAUUCCUCCAGUGUCACAGUGACCGUGAAACUCCUGCACCAGAAGCGGCUCCAGGACCGGCGAGAAGUCAGGAUUAUGCGACAGAUGUAUGGAGUAUCCGAUUAUUGUAUCUCCACCCUGGGUGCACCAGACUAUGUCGAUACUGAUUCAGGUCUGUGGAUUAUGAUGCCAUUUAUGAAUUCUGGCAACCUCUGGCAAUUAUUGCAACGAUGCCACACAGCACAGUGUAGAUGUGAACACCGCCUCUGUUGGGAACGACUGGGAGCUCCUCACAGCAUUCCCUUCGUGCAGGCACUUCUUUAUCAGGCAACUUUGGGUAUCGGCGCGUUGCACGCGCAAGGGUACAUCCACAUGGACUUGAAGCCGGAGAACAUCAUGCUGAGUUGCCGACAGGACAAGUGCUUUGCCGAAGUGAUUGACCUUGGCAUUGCUUGUCCCCCGAAGCUUUGCAAAUGGUCUGGAACUAUCGGCUUCAUCGCGCCCGAGGUCUGGACUGGAACGGGUCUUGGCUUGGCGGCAAAUGAUAUUUGGUCCCUUGGGGUGGUCUUCUAUGAGAUGAUGUAUGGGCGCAAGCCGCCGUUUCACAAUGACCGCAGCGGAAAGGCAACGAGGAAUUAUCAGCCAACGAAGGACAAUGCUAUUCCGAAUCCUGGCAAGCCUAUUGAUCACUUGAUUCAGAGCAUGCUUAGCCAACUGCCAUCGAACCGCCCAACCAUACGUGGUGUGCAGGACUCUCUUCGCACCAUCAUCCAGGAAGCCCAUCCACGACAAGAUGUUCUUGACAUGAUCACCUUGUCUCCGACGCAGAGAGGUGCCAAAGACGCUAUCCCGCCUUGCCUGCUUCAAUACGAUGACCCAAAGUAUAUCAUAGACAUUGGCAACAAGGAAGCUCACCGUAUGGAUUGUACGGACAUGCCCAGGCAAGCCCAGGGGUACUUUCGGUGCGGCGUAUGCGUCGGAUGCAACCCAUGCUGCAAAUGCCGGGUCAAGCGGCGAGAUAAGCUCGAAAAAGCAUAUUUCCGCAUGCCAACGUGCGAGUGA